AAAAGCAAAUGCCGUACAAACGACUGUUUAAAAACAAAACGACGACAACGACAAACACUGAAACGCCAUAGCAUGCAUGACUGUUCAGGCCGCCAUAGCCAAAAGCUUAGCUCCAACCGCAACUUUUUGGAACACCCAGUUGAGGGAGCUUGCCAAGCAAUGUCUCUUCUCCGAUGCUCUCCAUCUUUACCGUCGGAUGCUACGUUCCGGUCAUUCCCCCAACGUCUUCACAUUCCCUUUCGUUCUCAAGUCCUCCGCCGCUCUUUCGUUCUCCGUCACUGGAACUCUCCUCCAUGGCCAUGUUCUCAAAACUGGGUGUGAGCCCGAACCCUUUGUGCAGACUUCUUUGAUAUCAAUGUAUUGUAGGUGCUCUCUAGUUGAGAAUGCGCGUAAAGUGUUUGAUGAAAAUCCUCAGUCGAGAAGGCUUACUGUUUGUUAUAAUGCUUUGAUAUCUGGGUACACCUUGAACUCGAAGUUUUCGGAUGCGGUUAUGUUGUUUUGUAGGAUGAGGGAGGCACUUGUGUCGGCUAAUUCAAUUACUUUGUUGGGUUUGAUCCCCGGUUGUACAUCACCGGUGCAUUUAGAUCUUGGGAUGAGUCUUCAUUGUUGUAGUAUCAAGAGCGGAUUGGAAUUUGACUUGUCUGUUGGGAAUUGUUUGCUUACCAUGUAUGUCAAAUGUGGUUCAGUUGAGUACGCUCGGAGAGUGUUUGACGAAAUGCCUGAAAAGGGUUUGAUUACUUGGAAUGCCAUGAUAUCUGGGUACGCACAAAACGGAUUUGCUACCCAAGUUUUGGACCUUUACCGGGAGAUGGAACUCGUUGGUGUUUCUCCUGACCCUGUGACGCUUGUAGGGGUUCUGUCAUCUUGCACACACCUUGGUGCCCAUGGUAUUGGCCGUGAGGUUGAACAACGAAUUAAGAUCCGUGGCUUUGGUUCCAAUCCCUUUUUGAAGAAUUCCCUGGUUAACAUGUAUGCUAGAUGUGGAAAUUUGGUAAAAGCUUAUGCAAUUUUUUCUUCAAUGAAAGAAAAAAGUUUAGUAUCAUGGACAGCAAUCAUAGGUGGAUACGGAAUGCAUGGACAUGGGGAGCUUGCCGUGAAGCUCUUCGAAGAAAUGAUAAAAACUGGAAUCAAACCAGAUAAAACAUUGUUUGUAACCAUUCUUUCUGCCUGCAGCCAUUCAGGAUUAACUGAUAAGGGCCUAGAAUAUUUUGCUGCAAUGGAGAGAAGCUAUGGUUUGCAACCAGGUUCAGAGCAUUACUCUUGCGUGGUUGAUCUGUUAGGCCGAGCAGGGCGAUUAAAGGAAGCUGAGGACCUCAUUCGGUCAAUGAAGGUAAAGCCAGACGGUGCUGUGUGGGGAGCCCUAUUGAAUGCUUGUAAAAUUUACAAAAACAUAGAGCUAGCAGAGUUAGCUUUUGAAAAGGUCAUUGAUCUCGAACCUGUCAAUAUCGGUUACUAUGUUUUGUUAUCAAACAUAUAUUCGGAUGCAGAGAAUCUAGAGGGUGUACUAAAGGUUAGAACAAUGAUGAGGGAACGAAAGCUUAGAAAGGAGCCGGGUUACAGCUAUGUCGAGUUCAAAGGGAAAAUUCAUAUUUUCUUGGCUGGUGACAGAACUCAUCAACAGACAGAUGACAUAUAUAGAAUGUUGGCUGAACUAGAAAGUUUGGUGAAGAAACUUGGUGAGUCUAAUGGGAUUGGUGGGAAGAUAAAAACCAAUCAACAUUUGAUUGGUGAGAGUAAUGUGCAUAGCGAGAAACUGGCAAUUGCAUUUGCGCUUUUGAAUACCCGUCCAGGGAUGGAGAUCAUUGUGAUAAAGAACCUGAGGGCAUGUGAUGACUGUCACUUGUUUUUAAAGCUGGUUAGUAGAAUAGCAGACCGUGAGUUUAUUGUUAGAGAUGCAACUCGUUUCCACCAUUUUAAAGAUGGGGUUUGUUCUUGCAGAGAUUACUGGUAAAAAAAGGGUUACAACUUACAACUACUCAUGUCUUGUUUCUGGAUGAUCGAACUAAUAAUUCCGCAACAAGUUUAUAACAUUUUUUUUAUUGGUUUAGCUCCUCCUAGAUAUCUGAAAGUGAAUAGAGAUUUUGAUUAUGCCAAAUCAUGCUUAUGCAAAGUUUAGCUAAGGUUGGGAGAAGUUAGUCGCUCGAAUAGAUUUUGAGCUCUUUCCUAGAAGCAAUUUUACUGACAAUUCCGGAAGAAGAAAAAAACACAUUCUGGUACCAAAUCAGGAUCAAAACGGGACAAGGUUUGCAAAUAUUGGUGUUGAAAUGCGGUAUCCAUAUUCUACGAUGAUUUCCCUGGCGUGCACUAGUGGAUCAAAAUAAAACGUUCGUCGAAGCACAAUUAUUAUGGCCCUUUUGUUGGGCUGAGAACUUAUUUUUAUGUUGAAAUUAUUCAUUGGCAUAUCACUGUUGUUAGUUGGUAUGUUGCAUAUGUUGCAUUGAAUCAUAUAAAUUUAUGAUGGUUUUUAA